GCUUCCAUCACCACUCCUGUGCAAGCUACCACAUUCACAUGUGCUAUUUCCGAGUUGGCUGAAUACUAAUUUUGCGCUCAUUGAUCUACGCUUGGUAAUGGCUACUCAACUUGUUCCUUUACCGGAGGUGGAGAGACUCAGUUCCUCGGUGGUGAGGAUACUCGGCGGAAAUCCCGGCAAGUUCACAUUGCAAGGAACGAACACAUAUUUAGUCGGCCGAGGGCACCAACGGAUUCUGAUCGACACUGGUGAGGGCAAGCCUUCUUGGGCAUCAAACCUUCAAGCCCUACUGUCGCAAGAGAAUGCCACAGUGCACGAAGCGCUCAUUACGCAUUGGCACGGAGAUCAUGUCAAUGGUCUCCCAGACCUGCUAAAGAUUUGUCCCAAAGCGACGGUCUACAAACGCGAGCCGGAAGACGGCGAAAUUGAUAUCGAAGAUGGCCAGAUCUUCAGAGUUGACGGCGCUACGCUGAGGGCAAUGCACACGCCCGGACACACUGUUGACCACAUGGCCUUCGUUCUCGAGGAAGAAGAUGCCAUCUUCACUGGAGACAAUGUUCUGGGCCACGGGACUGCAGUUUUUGAAGAUUUGAGCGUGUAUCUGUCUAGCCUACAGAGAAUGCAAAAUCGGGUUUCUGGUCGUGGGUAUCCUGGCCACGGAGCGGUCAUUGAGAACGCCACGGCGAAAGUCACCGAAUAUAUCAAGCACCGAAAGCAGCGCGAAGAUGAGGUGAUCCGGGUCCUGCGUUACGGCAAACUUGACGUGUCCGACCAAGAACGAUCGCCCGCGCGGAAGCCAUCGAUGACACCCAUUGAACUGGUCAAAGUGAUCUAUCGAGAUGUUCCGGAAAGUCUUCACCUGCCCGCGUCACACGGUGUUCUACAGGUGUUGAUGAAACUGGAAAUCGAGGGGAGGACAGUCCAUGACACGGAAACGGGAAAAUGGCGACUAGCAGAGAAGUCUACACUAUGAUUGAUGGGCCGAAUUCCGCCAUCGACCAUGACGCCACUGCAUGGUGUUUGGGAUAGACGACUGCGUUUCUGGGAAUGGGCGUCCGUGGUCAUGGAAUGCGCCAGACCUAUCACAAGGCGGGUCGAGACAAGAAGGCGCUCGGAGUCGGUAGGGGUAUGGCGUCGGUAGAUACAGCAUUCCUUUGUUUGAAUUC